AUGGAGGCGAAAAUGUUUGGUCUUGAAAAAUAUGGUAUCCCAGCUUCUCUGAGAAUCUCAAAUGCUGGUCGUGGGCUGUAUGGAAUUGAUAGUAUGCCAGACCUGCGUAGAAAGAAAUCUUUUCCCAUUGUUCGAGAUGUGGCUAUGACACUUGCAGCUCGAAAAUCUGGUAUUUCCAUGGCCAUGCUCAUCCGGACCUCCAUAAACAAUGAUGAAAUGAAAAUACAUGUCUUCAAGAAGACAUUGCAGGCUUUGAUCUACCCAAUAUCAUCAACUACACCUCAUAACUUUGAAGUUUGGACAGCUACAACUCCUACAUACUGUUAUGAAUGUGAAGGUCUACUUUGGGGCAUAGCCAGACAAGGCAUGAGAUGCACCGAAUGUGGUGUCAAAUGCCAUGAGAAGUGCCAAGACCUCCUAAAUGCUGACUGUUUGCAGAGAGCUGCUGAGAAAAGUUCCAAACAUGGUGCGGAAGAUAAAACACAGAAUAUUAUUAGUGCUAUGAAGGAAAGAAUGAAGAUUAGGGAGAAAAAUAGACCAGAGGUGUUUGAAGUGAUCCAGGAAAUGUUUAAUAUUUCCAAAGAAGAUUUUGUACAAUACACAAAAGCAGCAAAACAAAGUGUUUUGGAUGGAACAUCCAAAUGGUCGGCAAAAAUAACCAUCACAGUUCUUUGUGCUCAGGGCUUACAGGCUAAGGACAAAACUGGCUCAAGUGACCCAUAUGUUACUGUGCAAGUUGGCAAAACCAAGCGGAGAACAAAGACUAUUUUUGGAAACUUGAAUCCAGUAUGGGAUGAAAAAUUCUAUUUUGAAUGCCAUAACUCUACAGAUAGAAUAAAAGUGAGAGUAUGGGAUGAAGAUGAUGACAUCAAAUCUAGAGUAAAACAACAUUUCAAAAAGGAAUCAGAUGACUUUCUUGGGCAAACAAUCAUUGAAGUAAGAACACUGAGUGGAGAAAUGGAUGUAUGGUAUAAUUUAGAAAAACGAACAGAUAAAUCAGCUGUUUCUGGUGCCAUUAGAUUGAAAAUCAAUGUUGAAAUAAAAGGAGAGGAGAAAGUUGCUCCCUACCACAUGCAGUACACCUGUCUACAUGAGAAUCUAUUCCAUUACUUGACGGAAGUUAAAUCUAAUGGUGUUGUAAAAAUCCCUGAAGUGAGAGGUGAUGAAGCCUGGAAGGUGUACUUUGAUGACGCUGCACAAGAAAUUGUAGAUGAAUUUGCAAUGCGCUAUGGAAUUGAAUAUAUUUAUCAAGCUAUGACGUAA